GUCGCAAAGAUUAAUUAAAUCCACGAACUCAACAAUCUAACCCCGUCCACUCACCGGCUGCGCAUCUCCACCCAUUCAAGAUGCGUACCUACGACGACACUUUCAGCGGCGAGAAGAUUUACCCUGGAAAGGGUAAACUCUACGUCCGCGGCGACGGCAAAGUCUUCCGCUUCCAGAAUGGCAAGACCGAAUCCCUCUUCCUCCAACGCAAAAACCCUCGCCGAAUCUUAUGGACGACCCUUUAUAGAAGACAACACAGGAAAGGCAUCUCUGAAGAAGUUGCAAAGAAGCGUACCCGACGCACAGUCAAGUCCCAGCGUGCUGUUGUCGGCGCCUCUCUAGACGUCAUCAAAGAACGACGAAGCAUGCGCCCUGAGGCCCGCCUCGCUGCUCGCCAACAAGCCAUCAAGGAAGGAAAGGAAAAGAAGUCCGCUGCCGAAAGCAAGAAGAGAGCUGAGAAGGCUAAGAACGCUGCCAACGCUGCCAGAGGUCAGGCGAGCAGAAUCCAAAGCAAACAGGGUGCUAAGGGUGCGCCACCCAAGGUUGCUGCUAAGUCUCGUUAAAUUUUGGGAUUGGGUAGUGGCGCCCGGUGAUUUUUGUGGAAUGGAAGGGACCAGUGCAAUUACGAAUAUCAGUGUGCUGGAGUCUUCCAUUAUCUAACAACUGGGAAUUUUAUAUUCCUUACAUAUCAGAACUCUUCUAGGCGAAGAUAGUUUUCUGCUAUGUGACGUUUUGCAAGCACGAUGUUCUAAUGCAAAUGGAUUCCUGCUAUUUUUCUUUCUUAUUUCUUUUUGCGCCUUCAAUGUACUGUGAUCUAGCUUAAAAAAGAGAAUGCUCGGUUAGCAGAUUUCCCA